CUUCCCCUCACGACAGCCUCGCCUUCAACCGCGUCCAUCCAGCGUCCCUCACCGUCGCCCUCCCUGCGACUACGCCACACAGGCCCGGGGCCCCUCCAAUGGCCGCGCUGAAGGGCGACCCAAGCCGCCGCGACGCGAAACACGACGAUACGGACGCUUCCCCCCUGGCCCGGGUAAUGCGCGAGUUCAAAGAGCUGGUCCUGAGCUUCGAGACGGGCCUGCUGCGCUCGCUGGAGGACGCGGACGCGGGAAGUGCGCCAGGCCGGAAGGGCUGGAGGAGGGAGGACAUUCGGCACGAGGCCUGUCGGCUGGCAAUUGCCGAACUGGGCUCCAAGUACACGCGCAAGCAGAUUCGACGCUCGCUGAAUGUCGCCGAGUCGCAAGGAAAGCUUGUCGAGGAGCAGCUGCACGCGACUGUGGAUAACGUGGCCGUCACCGACGACGAGGAGCUCCGGAGCAUACACAAUGGCUACUUCAGGCUGUACUCGACCGAGCUCUUUGACAUGCUCGGCCAGCCCACCGAUCUGCGUUUCGGCACGCUGCGUUUCCACCGGCAUUCGUCAGACCCUGUACCGGCCAGUUGCGACCUGGGAUACAUAUCCGCGCGCGAACAGCAGCCGGCCUGGAUAUCCGUUGAGCUGGCGCUCAAUUCGUCCUUCUUCGUUGCCGACUCGCUGGAGACGCUGCCGUACCACACCUUCAAGAUGCCCCAAGCGCCUUCAUUGCAGAAUCGGGGUAUCCUGAGCAGGAAACCGGAGGACAACGGCGCCUUCCCGGAGUACGAUUCCUGGCUACUGUUCACCUUCCUCGGAAACGGCUGCUUGAAGCUCGAAGUUCCGAUCGAGAUGUGCGCCGACGUCUACGGGGGACCACUAAUAGGGCGAGAGAAUGAAGAGGUCCUGUUCUGGGGAGUCUUCGUGGAAGACGAUGGCCCGUAACGCGUCGAAUCUUUGCUUUUGAGUUCGGAGUUGCGCUUUGCGGUAGACGGGGCUUGCUUUUGGAGUUGGGCGCACGGGAAUGCGCAGGCUGGAUGGUUCUGGACGCCAGCCUGAUCGCGGACAAGAGUGCUGGGACAAGGCACUUACGACUCACGAAUUUCCUUCCUUCCUCAUCUUUCGGACACGAGCAUACCGGUUCGGUCCGUACCUUGACUCAUACACGUUUGGCCUGGAGUCCCUAUCCAGGAUUCGCGGUCGCUUUCUUCUCUAUCGUGUUAUUGGCGGCAUUCUGCAUAGCAUCUCUUUGAUAUUAGUUA